ACGACGUUAGAUUGAAAGUGUCCGUUUUGUGUCUAGAGUGUUUGCUAUUUUAAGUGAAAAUGGAGCAGCAAGAUCCUGAGAGGGUGGCUGUUUUACAAGUCGAUGUUAAUGCCGGCAUAUCUGCAACAAAUACAUGUGUUGAACGAACGGAAAAGAGUAGUAAUGAUGUUGAUGAAGUAUCUGUAGAAAAAACCUCCUGUUUUUAUCAUGAACGGGACGAUUAUCCCAAUUUAACGGAAAGUGAUUGCGCCCAACUGGAGGCUGAACCCGUGCGUACAAAUACCCAGCUGCUAAGCUUUGAGAUACGCAGUCGAGACAUUGACUGGAAACGAUUUGUGAUUCCAUUGGACACAACAGUAAGGAGUGAAGGGUAUUAUUUGGAGCAACAGGCGGACUUUGUGAGCAAAUAUCGCAUACCGCUAACGUCGUCUAAUCGACGUGAAAUGCUCGUUUGUCACGACAUGAUGGGCAACUACUUGGCCGAUCGUCAUUUCCUCAGCUCGGAAAAAUGGGAUGACUAUCGGUUCGUUCAUUGGGCAGCCGUUGAUUAUUUUUGCUACUUUAGUCACAAUUAUGUGACCAUUCCACCGUGCGGCUGGAUAAAUGCAGCCCAUCGCCAUGGAGUUCCCAUCGUUGGCACCUACAUUGUGGAGAGAAGCAGUCUAUUGGAGGAGGCACUGACCACCAUUGAGAAGGUGGAUCAUAUUGUGGCUGCUCUGAUCAAACUAUGCAAGCACUUUGGCUUCGAAGGCUGGCUGGUGAAUGUGGAGUGCAAGGUGCGACCCGAGUAUUUGCAGAAACUGAUUUACUUUGUGAGACAGCUGCGUGUGGCAACGGAAGCGGAGAUUCCGCAUGGUCGUGUCUUCUGGUACGACAGCGUCAUCAAUACGGGAGAGUUGCUCUGGCAGAACGAGUUGAAUGAACGCAACAUUGACUUCUACCGCUGCACUAAUAACACGCUCAUCAAUUAUGGUUGGAACGAUGCCAGUCUGGCGAAAACGGCUGCGACCCUUCGCGGUGAACAUGCGUCCUUGCACAGCGCCUUCUUUGGACUCGAUGUAUUCGGACGUAAUCAAGUGGGGCGCUUUCAGAGUGCGGCAACAUUGAAGCGGAUUGCAGACGCCGGAUUCUCAAUUGGCAUCUUUGCACCCGGCUGGAGCUUCGAGACAUUACAACAAUAUGGCUAUAAUAUACGCAACGAGGAUGGGGACGAGGCUGUAAACAGCGCAUUCCUUUCUCGCAACGAUCGUUGGUGGUGGCGCCUCUGGGAAUUUCUCGCAACACAUCCCUAUAGGAAGCUCCCCUUCUACACGGACUUUUGUGUGGGUUCUGGGCGUGCGAGCUAUCAGCAUGGCCUUCAGCUACCAAAUUCGAAGCCAUUCCUUAAUCUGUCCCGACAGUCGUUGCAACCUUCGGUUCCAUUGAAAGACAAUGCGACGCAUUCCUUUACAGACGUUUAUGGCGGCGGAAAUUCCUUGCGCAUUACCAAUUAUGAACGUGCCUUUAGACUCUUUCUUACGGAGUUCAGUUUACCACUGGGAGCUGUGCUCCUGGGUUAUGCCUACAAAGCACAUGAUAGCACCACUUUGGAUGUUGUCUUACGUUUUUCUGCGCCCAAGCAGCAGGAGAAGGACUUAUAUGUUUUCUGUGGAAACUAUAGUCAACAUAUUUUAGCUGCUGGACGUUGCUACAUCUCGCCUUUGAACGGAGCUAACGCACAGCGUUUCGAACAUUCCGAGAUACCGGCCCUUGAAAACACUAUGGCGAAUGGGGGAUGGCGUACGCGUUACUAUUUGGUGCAGUUUGAUGGACCGGUAAUGCUCAAGGAUAUAGGAUUGAGAUGUGGUCGUUCAACGUCCGCAGCUACUGAUACCUUUUUGGGUGCCAUUUAUUUGCAAAGCAUGAAGCUGCAGGACGCAAUGUGGCCUCAGAUUGUGGAUGAGAAGGCCAAUAUCGAAGUAUAUAGGCAGCAAAUGUGGAGUUAACGGACAAAGACACUUUUAAAGGAGAGGCAACAACUACAUAACUGCAUAAGAAAGCCGACAUUCAAGCUCUAUUGUAAACUGUAUUAUAAGAAUUUAUAGUGACAACUUUUUAAUAAAUCGAUUUAAAUUUAGUUUUACUUUUUCGAUAAAA